AUGGCGAUCUUUGUGUUCGGUUCACCUCAACAGGAGGAUGGUGUACUCGACAAGAUAAAAACGGGUUUCGAGUACGCGUCGAAUUAUCUGGAAACUGCAAAGGACAUUGCCGACUUGGUGGCGAGUAGCUUGGGAAGCAAGCAAAAGGAGAAACGAGGCGAGGACGAAGAUGCGAAGAAUAAGGCAAGUUUUGGCCCUUCCACCCUCAUGUCUGCCUUCUUUCGUCUCUUUGGACUGGAUUCGCAGAAAGUUACAGCGAUUGCCGUGAACAGUGUCAUAUUCCUCGCACAAAUGAUAAGCUCGUUGUUCAAUUUGAAGCCGAAAGAGAAUUCUGGUCGAAGUUUGGAAGAUGAGAGCGACGCUUCGUCUUGGGAUCCAGCGAGAUUAAUUACGGAGAGCAAGAACGAGAGAGUGAGUCGUUAGCCGUGAAGGAGAGAUCGAAAAUUGUGGGAGAUGUCGGAAGGAAUUUUCUUUUUCAGAUUCAGAAUUUGCUGGAACAAGCUCGAGACGAGAAUCUAGCUAGUCGAUUGAUCGACAGAUUGGAUGGCGACGAUUCAUCGUGCAUCAGAUUGCUCGUGUGCAAAAUUUCACCUGUUAUCAAGGCGGCGCAAUAUUCUUUAAAAAACAAAAGUCAAGAUAAAUGGCAUCGAAUGACUUCUUGGCUACCGAAUAAAGACGAGUUCGAAGAAAACAGCGACGAAUGCGAAAACACGCAUACAGAUUGCAGUUUAUUUUUCUAGCGGUACCUAUUGAAUCGGCCUGUAGUAGUUUAUUUAACUUUAUUUGCUACGAACUUGGUUCGGGAAGAAAUGAGGAUUGGCUCGAAGAAAUUUUUCGAAUACUUUGCAACUGAAACUGAACGCUUGGAAUUUCAUAUAUAUGUAUGUAUAUAUAUGUAUAUAUAUAAAAAUCGAUAUGGAAGAUAUUAUUUAUAAUUCAAAGUCUAUGCGUGAGUAACCGUGUAUAAUGGAAUUGCUAGGAAUCAAAGAAUUGGUUUGCACAGCAUAUAUAUUUGCGUCCAUACAAAUAUAUACUAUAUUACAGAGAAUGUACAAGGUAUACCAAAAUUAAUUUACCGAACACUGCAUUUUUGCUGCAUUUUGCCAAUCGACGAAUGAAAGAGAAAAAAA